AUGCUUGUGGGCGAAAGGACACUGCGGCCGAUUGCACUCCCCAUUCAGCCAAAGCUUGCAGCCGAGUGGAUCAAUACAACUGUCAGAACUAGAGAUAAACCGACCUGCCUCGUACCCAAAGCACGCGGACGAACGGAGAACGUGUUGCAUUAUCGCUUUUUUCUCCUCGAGAAGCCUGGGCUUGGGCUGGUGACCGUUGACGAGGAGGUCGAAGAUGAAGCAGAUGGGGAUGAUACACUACCGCUUUGUGCUCACUGCGAGGCUGGUUUGGCCGUUUGCCCCAAGCCGAGCGGUGUAGGUGCAUUCUCGCCCCCUCAUUCACUUGCUCCUCACCCGCCUCGCAUCCUCACCUGCCAGAUCUCGGCUCUCGCUGUUGAGGCAUCUAUCCAGCCUGAGGAACGCCUCAGCCUUAUCAAUGCAGCCAUGGAGCGUGACCUUGCGAGCCAAAAGGAACGUGACCACGGGUAUGAAGAGGUAGAUGUCUUCGCCCAACUCUACGUGCCAUCAUGGACUCUAACAAUCACUGCAUUCGUCAGAGGCUAUAUCCACCACGACCUCUUCGACCACAUACCCAGCUUCAUCUGUUACUUCAUCGCCGUCGCCGAGUUCACGUUCAACAAAACCCCCGAAGGCAGCGGCCCUGUAUCUUCAGUACCUUCCAGCCCCAACGACAAGACUCCCUUGGCUCGUUCCACGUCAUUAAUAUCCUCUAUCGAAGAUUUUCCUUCGCAGGCGCUCACGGACAACAACAAAAGUAGCACACAUCCAUCAAGUAACAGUUCCGUCAGCGUUCAGCGCGUUGAACUUGCUCUGGACUUAUUCCGGCGAGGUUCGGACACAUCUCGUAGCACCCCACGACCCAUCUCACCGUCCGUGGCCCCACCUGCAAGCUCGUUUUUGUCACGUAGUGCUGGUGGUCAAUACUCGUUGGAUAGUCAACGCGAGAGCGCGAGUAGUACUGUCCCGAAGGUCUACACCGGUUGGGGAAGUGUUGGAACGGGCACAGACUGCAAGGGAACCAAGGCCAGACCUCUAUGGCGGGAGGCUACGGUCUAUCGAGGACAGACUACGACACGCGCGAGCACUACCGACUUAUGUCCAAUCAGCCUGGCUCGCCGGUUCCUCUAA